GCAGCUUCCGCCCCGCCCCUGCCCGGUCUUUCGGCCUUGGCGGUGGCGGCGGCGCAAAUCCUCGCUGCUUCCGCGACGCAUCCGGACUGCGCUGCGGAGUUCGCCGGGCGGGCAAGGCCAGCUUCCGCCCUUUUCGGUCUUCCCUCGCUCCAAGGCAGGGGUGUGGCUUCCUGGCCACUCCCCCGUGGCUCCACCUCUGUGCCCCUGAUUUCCCCAGCUGUCCCAGCCAGUCGAGGUUGGCUCCCUGGCAAGAGCAUCCCCUGAGGUGGUGGGCUCAACCUGGGUCAACCUUCCAUUGUCAGAGGGAGCUAGGGGGGCGAGAGACUCGGAGACAGCAUUGCAGAGAAUCGGCCGUUCCCGAUGGUGUGGUGGCUCGAUUCUCCCAGUGCCUGGCUGAGUUUCGGACGUGGUUAAGAACCAACUGGUUGAGGUUCAAUGCAGACAAGACGGAUGUGAUGCUGAAAAUGUGCAUCAGAUGUUUAUGUUUAAUUGGUUUACAGACUGUCUCUGGAUUCUUUUCCUGUCAAAUUACAAGCCAUCUGUUGAGUCUUCAAGUCCAGAAAUGGAUGAAAUGUUUGACUGCCCAUGAAAGUACAGGAGGCUCAGCAACAUCAGAGGACCAUGAGUUUGAUCCAUCAGCUGACAUGCUGGUUCAUGAUUUUGAUGAUGAGCGAACAUUAGAAGAAGAAGAAAUGAUGGAAGGAGAGACAAACUUCAGUUCUGAAAUAGAGGAUCUUGCGAGGGAAGGUGACAUGCCAAUCCACGAGCUUCUCAGCCUCUAUGGGUAUGACGGCACUGUUCGGUUACCUGAAGAAGAUGAAGAGGAGGAAGAGGAGGAGGAAGAGGGUGAAGAUGAUGAAGAUGCUGAUAAUGAUGACAAUAGCGGCUGUAGUGGGGAAAAUAAAGAAGAGAAUACAAAGGAUUCAUCAGGUCAGGAGGAUGAAACUCAGUCUUCCAAUGAUGAUCCUUCACAGUCUGUUACUUCCCAAGAUGCUCAGGAAAUAAUCCGCCCACGUCGAUGUAAAUAUUUUGAUACAAAUAGUGAAAUAGAAGAAGAAUCUGAAGAAGAUGAAGAUUAUAUUCCGUCAGAAGACUGGAAAAAGGAAAUCAUGGUGGGCUCCAUGUUUCAAGCUGAGAUUCCAGUUGGCAUUUGUAGAUACAAGGAAAAUGAAAAAGUAUAUGAAAAUGAUGAUCAGCUUCUGUGGGACCCAGAAUAUUUACCAGAAGAUAAAGUAAUUAUAUUUCUUAAGGAUGCAUCUAGAAGAACAGGUGAUGAGAAAGGUGUAGAAGCAAUUCCUGAAGGAUCUCACAUAAAAGACAAUGAGCAGGCUUUAUAUGAAUUGGUAAAAUGCAAUUUUGAUACAGAAGAAGCCUUGAGAAGAUUGAGAUUUAAUGUCAAAGCAGCACGCGAGGAAUUAUCUGUGUGGACAGAGGAAGAAUGUAGAAAUUUUGAACAAGGGCUGAAGGCCUAUGGAAAAGAUUUUCAUCUGAUUCAGGCUAAUAAAGUCCGAACAAGAUCAGUUGGUGAAUGUGUAGCAUUCUAUUACAUGUGGAAAAAGUCUGAGCGCUAUGAUUUCUUUGCUCAGCAAACAAGGUUUGGAAAAAAGAAAUAUAAUCUUCAUCCCGGUGUAACGGAUUACAUGGACCGUCUUUUGGACGAAAGUGAAAGUGCUGCUUCUAGCCGAGCACCAUCCCCUCCCCCUGCUGCCUCACAUAGCAGUAACAGCCAGUCGGAGAAAGAAGAUGGCGCUGUCAGCAGUAGCGAUCAAAACGGUAUGUCAUCUAAUGGGCCAGGUGAAAUACUAAACAAAGAAGAAGUGAAAGUGGAAGGCUUGCAUGUUAAUGGACCAACAGGUGGAAAUAAAAAACCACUUCAUACAGAUAUGGACACUAAUGGUUAUGAAGCAGAUAGCCUGAGCACUGACCCAAAACUUGCCCAUAUGACUGCAAGAAAUGAAAAUGAUUUUGAUGAAAAAAAUGAGAGACCUGCCAAAAGGCGAAGGAUAAACAGCAAUGGGAAGGAAAGUCCGGGUUCGUCUGAAUUUUUCCAAGAAGCAGUCUCACAUGGAAAAUUUGAGGAACAUGAAAACACAAAUGACUAAGUCUUAGGCCUAUUUUACUUUCUUUGCAGUAAAUUUUGGUAUGACUACAAUUUUCAGGGUUGGUGGGUAACCUUUAGAAAGCUGAUUUCCUUGAAGCAGUUGCUUAAAUCUUGAAAUUUGAAUUGAGUCCUAACUUUAAGAAAUGGGAUUCAUAAUUCCACCAUUUGCAAGUUCUUUUACUUCAAAUUGUUGAAGACCUCUUUAAAGUUAUAAAAACAUUGAUUAAUCUGAAUGUGACCCAAAGACUUUUCGAUACUUUCUCAUUUGGGAUACUAAUCAUAAAUUUGACUGAAAGUAAUUUUUCCUUUUUAUGAGAAAGUGUAGGGGAAAGAAAAAAAGUUUGUGUUUCUGCUCAACACCAAUUUUUUUAUUAUCUGGAAAUGUCUUUCUAAUAGACAUUUUUUCUUUCUAUACAAAUUGAACAUUGUCACUGAGGAAGCCCUCGUGAAUCCUGAAGGUUAUGCUAGCAUGAUUUUUAUAUGUAGAAGUUUUAAAAUAAACCAAGUCAGGUUUGUAUUUGUAAAAUUGUUGACAUCAAUGAUGUCUUUCCAUAUUCUUAUCUGGGCUUAAGAAAUACAUUCUGUAUUUUUCCAGAUUCUCUGUAGCCUUUGAAAGAUUUUUACAGUACAUAUGUCUUGACUGAGCUGUUCUUUCUUAAUACAAAAAGCUUGUAUAAUUUUCUUAACUUGUACAGUUGUUAAACUUUUAUGAGAGGAACUGAUAUUCUGAGUCUGUCAGCUUUCAUUUUAUUUUGCUAAGAUUUUUCUAAGGAAUUUUUAAGUGUGUGUAGUUAACAAAGUCAUGUUUCUUAUCCAGGUGGUAAAAGCAUUCAUAAAGAAUUAUGAACAUUUUUUUUUCAAACUUCUACUUAUGGACAAAUAAUUUGGGACUUCCGAAUUUCAGCAUGAUACUCAGAUUGCAAGCUUGCAAUAGUAAAAGUUUGCAUUUACUAUCAUUUUCAAAAUUAUUUUUGAAGCAAAACAAAGACUUACUGUCAGCUUAAGUAUGUAAAUGGAUCGUGCUGAAUAGAAUCCUAUUUGGUUACUCUCAUAUGCACUAUACGAUUUCCCAUUGUAUUCAUUAAGUCAGUGGAAAGGAAAGACCAGGUGAUGUUGAGAUACUGCCAUAUCCAAGGAGUAACUGCUGACAGGUAGCAAUAUUGAUUUUUAUGAGAAAAUAAUGGUUUUAAGAAUUUUCAGACAUUUCCAAUUAUAAUCCAUUUUGUCAGAUUUGAUACAGUUUUUCCAAAAUGAAACACAAUAGAAUCACUGUUCUGUGUGAUUUUUUUUUAAAGGGUUAUCUGUGCACUAGCCUUGUAAGGAUGGGGUGCCAUUUUAUUUUUAGUGCAAAAUUCUUACAAAAUGUAGUUUUAUACAACUGAUAGGCCAAUCUAUCUCCAGACUUUUUUUUAGUAAAUGAUUAUUAACUAUCUUUUCUCACACAGGCACAUCCCCAAAUGCUGCUUUCAGUUUGUUCUCAGCCAUCAGUUCAAGAGCCAAUGCUUUUAUAGACAGAUCUGUGGUCCUUUUAUUGGCUCAGUUGUCUGAUGCAGGUUGGGUAAAAGUUUGCACUGAGAAUGAUUGUCCAGGCCUCGUCCCUCAGAGUAUUCUUAUGUUUGUCCAGACUGCUUCCCCUAACCAAUGGGAAUAACUUUUUCUUUUCCCCAGUCAGUAUUGGAAGCCACUUUGACAACACAUCAUAUAAUAUGCAUUUACUGUUUUUGUAGAAAUAAUCCCAGUAAGUAAAUUUCAAAUGGAAGUGCUAAGAAGCAAGAGGGUUUUUGUUUGUUUGUUUGUUUUAUUGAAAACAGUAAUUUAUCCAGAAUGGCAGUAGGUCAAGUAGCUUUAGCAGAUGGUCACAGUUUCUGUCUCCCUGCCCACCCCCAUUCUACCCUCACACAUUCUUUCUCUCUCUCCUGUCCUUUCCUUUUCUUUUCUCUCUUUCUUUUUUUUUUUUUUUUUCUUAAGACAGAGUCUCACUGUGUAGCCCAGGCUGGCCUGGAACUUAACGAUCCUCCUACCUCAGCCCCCUGAUGCUGAGACUGGAGAUGUUUUCCACCAUACCCAGUUACAAUCUGUUUUCUAAAGCAGAUCUUAUUAAAUGCUUCCAUACCAUCCUAGCUCUUUGUCACAGAUGGUCUUUAAGAAUGUCUUAAAAGGACGGUGUUGUGCUUUUUAAUCAUUGCAAUAUUGGAAGGGUCCUAUCCACCUUUCUUGGCCCUUCCAGAUAGGGUUUCUCUGUGUAACAGCCCUGGUUGUCUGGACACACGUUAGAGAUCAGGCUGGCCUCGAACUCAACAGAGAUCCACCUGCCUUGUGUCCAUCUUUUUAAGGAUCCAUCUGGUGAGCAAGUUUGUGGAGUUAUUGAAACUAUUGUUAUAGGAAUAUUUAAAGAAAUUCUCAGGCAUGUUGGCAAAUGUGCCAGAUAUAUAAAUGUUAGUAAAUCUUACUUCUCUUUUUAAAGUAUGCAUAAUGAAACAUUCCACUAA